AUGCAGGUCGCUUGCCUCGAACAUUUGAUCCUAUCACAGCAAAACCCAAAUCGCCCUGCAGCUUCCAUUGCAUUCAAAGCCGAUUUCGCUCUUUUGAUCGCCUACCAAGUAGACAAAGGCCCGUUAGUCGUGUCCCCGCCGUCGUCGAAGAGAAAGCGUGUGCCCUUCCUCUUCCUCCUCUCUCUCCUCUUCUUCCUCGUCACCGCCGCCAUCCUGGCUGCCCCGCGCCUCACCCCGCGCCUCUCCGCCUUCUUGACCAGCGCCCGCUACCGCUUCGGAUCCCCGUCCUCGAGCGGAGCUGCGCCCUUCUCGACCUCGGCCGUCAAGCCCUCCGCCUCGCACAAGACCUUGGCCUACCAGCCCAUCUUCAGCCAGUUCCCCGACAUGACGGCCGACAAGUACAAGAACCCGCCCCAGGCGCCGCCAGUCUUCACCGGCACCAAGGAGAGCAUCGUCUCGGACGCCAAGGCCCUCUGCGACAAGACCCGCUCCCUCCUCGACAAGAUUGUCGCCGAGAUCCCUGCCGGGGAUGCCUCCAAGGCCACUUUCGAGUCGGUCAUGCUGCCGCAGCUCCACGACGAGAACGAGUCCGCCCUGACCUCCCGCAUCCUCGGCUUCUACCAGUAUGUCUCGGCCGAUAGCGGGCUGAGGGACGCCAGUACCGAGGCAGAGAAGAUCAUGGACGAGUUCAGCAUCGAGUGCGGCAUGCGCGAGGAUGUCUACAAGCUGGUCGAUACCGUGUUCAAGGCCAAGGGCGGCAACGAGGGCCUGGAGAAGGCGUCGGACAUUGACCCCGAGAGCGCCCGCGUCCUAGAGAAGGAACACAAGGGAUACAUCAAGGACGGCCUUGGUCUCCCGGCCGGCCCUCAGCGAGACAGGUUCAAGGAGAUCAAGAAGCGCCUGAGUCAAAUCCAGAUUGCCUUCCAGAAGAAUCUCAACGAGGAGAAUGGUGGCAUCUGGUUCACUCCCAAGGAGCUCGACGGUGUUCCCCAGGACGUCUUGGACAACCUGGAGAAGGGCACUGGCGAGAAUGAGGGCAAGCUGAAGCUUUCGUUCAAGUACCCGGACCUCUUCCCUACCCUCAAGUUUGCCAAGAACCCCGAGACUCGUCGCAAGGUCUUUGUACAGAACGAGAACAAGUGCAACAUGAAUGUCCCGCUCUUCAAGGAGGCCCUGCUCCUCCGCGACGAGGCGGCCCGCCUUCUCGGCUACCCCAACCACGCUGCCUUCAAGAUCGAGGACAAGAUGGCCAAGACGACCAAGACUGUCGAUGACUUCUUGGGAGACCUGCGCGUCCGUCUGGCACCCGGCGGCGUCAAGGAGAUCGCCCACCUCCGUGAGCUCAAGAAGGCGGAUGUCGAGUCUCGUGGCGAGAAGUUCGAUGGCGACUACUUCCUGUGGGACCACCGCUUCUACGACCGCCUCAUGAUUGAGAAGGAGUACAGCAUCGACGAGAACAAGAUUGCCGAGUACUUCCCGCUCCGGUCUACUGUGGCUGGUAUGCUGAAGAUCUUCGAGCAGCUCUUUGGCUUCGUCUUUGUUGAGCUGGGCCCCGAGGAGCGCGCACGCUUGAGCCCCACGGGCAAGGCCGAGGACAUUGCCUGGCACGAGGAUGUCAUCAUCUUCAGCGUUUGGGAUGACGCCUCUGAGGGCGACGGCUUCGUCGGCUAUCUCUACCUAGACCUCCAUCCCCGCCAGGGCAAGUAUGGCCACGCCGCCAACUUCAGCAUCUCGCCGGGCUACCUGCAGCGCAACGGCACCCGGCGCUACCCGGCCACGGCGCUGGUCUGCAACUUCAGCAAGCCGACGCCCACGAAGCCGUCUCUGCUCAAGCACGACGAGGUCGUGACUCUGUUCCACGAGCUGGGCCACGGCAUCCACGACCUGGCAGGCCGGUGCCGCUACUCGCGGUUCCACGGCACGUCGACGGUGCGCGACUUUGUGGAGGCGCCGAGCCAGAUGCUGGAGAACUGGUGCUGGACGCCGUCGCAGCUGCGGUCGCUGAGCGGGCACUACGAGACGGGGGCGUCGAUCCCCGACGAGCUGAUCGAGAAGCUCAUCUCGACCAAGCACGUCAACGACGCGCUGUUCAACCUGCGGCAGCUGCACUUUGGCAUCUUCGACAUGACGGUGCACACGCCCGCGUCGCACGGGGAGCUCGAGGCGAUGGACGUCAGCGCGCUCUACAACGACCUGCGCGUGCAGAUCAGCGGCAUCCGGGGCCCCGAGGCGCAGGGGGAGCCGAGCACGUGGGGCAACGGGCAGGCGUGCUUCGGGCACCUGAUCGGGGGUUACGACGCGGGCUACUACGGCUACCUGUCGUCCGAGGUCUACUCGGCCGACAUGUUCCACACGGUCUUCCGGCAGGACCCCAUGAACGGCGCCGAGGGCCGGCGGUACCGGCACACGGUGCUCGAGCGCGGCGGGGCGCAGGACGAGAUGCGGACGCUGGAGCAGUUCCUGGGGCGGAAGCCGAGCACCGAGGCUUUUUAUCGGGAGCUCGGGCUCGACGACGCUGCUGCCAAGGCCAAGGCCAAGGCUUGA